UCGGCCCCUCCCUCCGCUUCCGCUCGGGCCGCCGUCUCCAUGGCCGCCGCGAUGUUCCGCAGCUUGUUGGUCUCGGCGGGCGGCGGCGGAGGGGGGUCCCGGGAGGCCUCCCCGGCCGCCCCGCACCAGCCCGAGGGCACCGCGCUCGAGGCCCAGUUCAGCUGCCCCAUCUGCCUCGAGGUCUACCAGCGCCCCGUCCGCAUCGCCCCCUGCAGGCACACGUUCUGUGGAGAGUGCCUGCAGCCCUGCCUCCAGGUGCCGUCUCCCCUCUGCCCGCUCUGCCGCAUGCCCUUUGACCCCAAGAAGGUGGAGAAGGCCUCCAGCAUGGACAAGCAGCUGUCAUCCUACAAGGCCCCCUGCCGGGGCUGCACCAAGAAGGUGAUGCUGGCAAAAAUGAGGUCGCACGUCACAUCCUGCGCUAAAGUUCAGGAACAGAUGGCCAACUGUCCAAAGUUUGUUCCCGUCGUCCCAACCUCCCAGCCCAUUCCCAGCAAUAUCCCAAACCGAUCCACGUUUGUGUGCCCGUAUUGCGGAGCACGGAACCUGGACCAGCAGGAGCUGGUGAAGCACUGCAUGGAAAACCACCGCAACGACCCCAACAAAGUGGUCUGUCCCGUCUGCUCGGCCAUGCCUUGGGGCGACCCCAGCUACAAAAGCGCCAACUUCCUGCAGCACCUUCUCCACCGGCACAAGUUCUCCUACGACACGUUUGUGGAUUACAGCAUUGACGAAGAAGCGGCUCUACAAGCAGCCCUGGCCCUUUCCCUCUCUGAGAACUGAAUGCAGCUGCCUGGUGACCUCUUGGAAGUUGCGGGGGCCCCUUGCUGCAGGCCCCUCCCUUCCUCCAGCGCUUGUACUUCCCUCGGCCUCGCCCAGUAAGCAGGCCGCCCGCCUGUGUCCUCAACUUCCUUCUUGCCACGCUGGAGUCGAGCGGAACCUUCCUUCGUCUUACAGAGCCGAGAGGGGGACGAUCCCGACACGCUGGCUGGCUGGGCGGGGGAAGCCCAGAGGUCGCCAAGCCACCCGGUUUGUGCCGCAGGGUGGAUGUUCCCCUUCUCCGUGCGGAAGGUGUAUUUUAUUGGGAUGCUUUUAAUAAGACGUUUCACACCAUUGGCCCUUGUUCCAUUUGCGGUUUACAUAGCGACAAUGCAUUUUGUGGGCGGGGGGGGGAUUCUCUGGAUUUCUUUUUUUCUAACUCGACCGCGUGUUCAUCCAUGUGGGGUUUUUUUAACUUUAAAAGAGAAAGAGCAUGGGGCAUUGGACUUUGUGGAAGAAACUCUUGCGUCCUUGGCCUGCUGUUGCUUCCGAGGCGGAGAAGCAGACCGGGAUUGAACUCCUGGGCAGAGAUGCUGAUAAGCAUUCCAGAAAACCCGCAAGCAAGAAGACGACUUCCGUUUUGACUGCAAGCUGUCUUCUCUCCCCCCCCCCCCACCCUGCCCCCUCCCCGCUUUCCCCAACCGGCCUGGCUCAUUUUGUACUGGCUUUUGUGAUACUCUUAGAGGUUCUUGCAUUUUUUUUUUCUACAUCUCUCUCGACGUGACAAUAUCCUUUUCACAUUUUAUAGAGAAAAAAGAAAAACAAAGCAGUUGACUCUUGAUAUUGCAAUAUCUGUGUUUGACUAGGAACAAUAGUAUUUUUAUGGAGCAUUAUUUUUUAAAGUAUAUUUUUUAAAAGAAAAAAAAAAGCAGCCCACCGAAUGGGACGCUGGUUGUGUUUUUAUUGUCCGGGAGUGGGGUGGGGGGGGGGGUUGUUUCCUUUCCCCUUGAGGAAUAAAAAGAAGGUCUUUGCUGAACUUGACCUUCUCUGAAAUUCUUUUUUUCUCUGCGUAAAUAAUCGUUUCUUUUUAGAAGCUAGAGAGAUGCGAGACCAUUUCAGGUGGUCAUGAGCUCUGUUAGAGCCACUGCCGCAAAAGCGUGUUGUCCAGGUAUUACACCACUGGGCCAGUGGCUCUUGAGUAGACUUGACGGGAAUAAAAUCUGUGAAUAAGUUUCA